UGUAGUGCCGAGUAUCAGCUGCCGGACGGGGUGCGGCUUAUAGCCGGCCGGUGUUCGUCUGGGCAGGCAGCCGCCGAGGGCAUGGACUAUUCGUACGACGAGGACCUGGACGAGCUAUGCCCGGUGUGCGGAGACAAGGUGUCCGGAUACCACUAUGGGCUGCUCACCUGCGAGAGCUGUAAGGGGUUCUUUAAGCGCACCGUACAGAAUAACAAACACUACACGUGCACCGAGAGCCAGAACUGCAAGAUUGACAAGACACAGCGUAAACGAUGCCCCUACUGCCGCUUCCAGAAGUGCCUGACUGUGGGGAUGCGGCUGGAAGCUGUUCGGGCAGACCGAAUGCGAGGUGGGAGAAACAAGUUUGGUCCCAUGUAUAAGCGAGACCGUGCCUUAAAACAGCAGAAGAAGGCCCUGAUCCGAGCCAAUGGAUUCAAGCUUGAGACGGGUCCGCCCAUGGGACCUCCUCCACAAACUGACUACCCCUUGGCACCAGCCCUCCACCCAGGGGCCAAGAGCUUGGCACCUGCCCCACCUGCAGGGCCGCCUGGUGACUAUGAGCGGGGCCCCUAUGGUCCCCCAGGUCUACCUAUGGCAGUGCCCACUCAUGGCCCAUUAGCUGGCUACCUCUACCCUGCCUUCCCUGGCCGCGCCAUCAAGUCAGAGUAUCCAGAGCCCUAUGCUAGCCCCCAUGAACCAGCCCCGCCCUAUGGCUACCCAGAGCCCUACCCCAGUGGCCCUGGCCUGCCGGGGGUCCCAGAGCUUAUCCUCAAACUGCUGCAGUUAGAGCCUGAUGAAGGCCAGCUCAAGACCCGAAUCCUGGCCUGCCUACAGGAGCCUGCCAAGGGCCGGCCUGACCGGCCCACACCUUUUGGCCUCAUGUGCAAGAUGGCUGACCAGACCCUCUUCUCAAUUGUUGAAUGGGCUCGGAGCUGUGUGGUCUUCAAAGAGCUAGAGGUGGCUGACCAGAUGAAACUUCUGCAAAAUUGCUGGAGCGAGCUGCUUGUCUUUGACCACAUCUACAGACAGAUCCAACAUGGGAAGGAGGGGAGCAUUCUGCUGGUCACUGGCCAGGAGGUAGACUUAUCAACAGUGGCAGUCCAGGCCGGAUCUCUUCUCCAUAGCCUAGUGCUUCGGGCCCAGGAGCUUGUACAGCAACUGCACUCUCUACAGGUGGACAGGCAGGAAUUUGUCUGCUUGAAGUUCCUCAUCCUCUUCAGCCUUGAUGUGAAGUUCCUAGAGAAUCACGGCCUGGCCAAGGAUGCACAGGAGAAGGCCAACGCGGCCCUGCUGGAGUACACCAUGUGCCAUUACCCGCACUGUGGCGACAAGUUCCGGCAGCUGCUCCUGCGCCUGGCUGAGGUGCGCUCUCUCAGCAUGCAGGCUGAGGAGUACCUCUACCACAAGCACUUGGGUGGGGAGGUCCCCUGCAACAACCUGCUCAUUGAGAUGCUGCAUGCCAAGCGGACUUGAGCCUCUGGCCUGGCCCUGCCCAGUCCCUGGGACUCCGAGGAGCUGGGAUCUAGGCCACAGGGCAGGGGAGGGGUGGCCUUGGCCAUAUCUGGAGAUGAUUUAUUUUAUUAUCACAAGCCUGGUGGGUCUUAUUUCUCAGAACUGCUCCACCCUUACCCUCCCAGGGACAUGCUCCCUGGCUAGUGUUUGGGAAAGCAGGGAGGGAGGGUAUGGACCUGACCCCUGGUGUGUGUGUAUGUGUAUGUAUGCGUGUGUGAGCACAUGUGCCCAUGUGUGCCUCCAACUCCCAGGCCUCUGUUAAGCCGGAGUAUUUCCUGACCUGGCUGAUGUCCUGGGAGAUCAAAUCUUGGCUUUGCUACUUGCUACCUGUGUGAUUUUGGGCAAGUCAUUUCCCCUCCCCAGGCCUCAUUUUCCUUUUCUGUAAAAUGAAGUGGUUGGACUAGAUGAUCUCUAAGACCCCUUCCAGCUCUAAACUCUAGGAUUCUAUGGUAAUUACUUAGGAGAGGUCAGUGUGAUAGAAAGAGCUCUGACCUUGAAGUCUGGAGACCUGAGGUCUAGUCCUGGCCCUAAUGGUAACUCACUGUGUGGCCUUGGGCAAGUCAAUUUCCCUCUCUGUGCCUCAGUUUCCACCUCUGUAAAAUGAAGAGAUGUUGGGUGAGAUGAUCAAUAAGGUCCUUUCUAGCCCUAUCAUUUUCUUCUUCUAUAGAGCUACUUAGCCAAUGGCUGGGUGGCUAAGCUGACUGACUGCCAACCACUAGACCCGAGCUCUCAGGGGAGAGGUGGUGCAUUCUCUCUACUCCAUCCUGAUCUUUGUGCUGAGAGGCUGAAGCACGGGACUGGGUCAGAGGGGACGGCGUGUAACUUCGCAGGGGGCCUUUUUUCUUAGUCUCACCUUCCCCAUGGGACAGACAUGGACUCUAUGAUACAUACCCCUAGAUGCAGGGAGAAGAUGGGAGAGAGGAAAAGACGAGGCAGAGCAUCUCCCCACUGAAAGGACAGGGAGGAAGCCCACAGCAGCAGCUCAUCGUGCAUUUCUCCAAUUUCCUCAUGAACCCUUAAAAGAGCAUAGAAUGAGUAGAAGUAGGGUGGGGAUCAGCCCCUAUUGCAUAGAUCUUGUUAUUUUAGCAAUAAAAGAGUGAGUCACAUUGGGCAGAGGCUAAUGGUGGACAGAGGGAACCUGGAGACGGGCUGGCACAGGAAGCCCCCAUCUUCCUUAGAGAAAAGAAUUGGAUACGAUUCACAUUCCAUCCUCUCAUUUGGCAAAUCCAGGCUGGUAUUAUCUGCAAGGCUACAGAAAAGGUCUGCUCUCUCCAACCAUCUCUAUCACUCCUUGAGAGGGAGAUGGAACUCUCUGUGGGAGAGAUUUGGGGACAAUCCUAGGAUGUGAGAAGAAGUAAGGGAAAGGGUUAAGGGCUGGCAGCCACCGCCAGCUCCCCCAGUGCUGUUACAUCCCCAUAACCAACAUUUCAUUCUUCCCUAGCCUCAUUAUGCAAUUGGGCAAUUGUCCUGAAGUUCUUUUAAUUACAGGGAUUUGGGGUUCUGCUAUCCAGAGUAGACUCAUUUCUCCCGGCCUCAGAGGACAGAUCUAGGAGCAGUGGGUAGAAAUUGCAGAAUGACAGAUUUAGGACCCACCCAAGAAAUAAUAUCCUUACCUCCAGAGCUGUCCAAAUGUCAAAUGGAUUCCCCACACUGGAGGACUUCACAAAGUCUGAAUGACCAACAUGUUGGGGACAUUGUGGGGAGGACUUAUGUUCGGGAAUGGGUAGGGGGGAAUCCUCUGACCAGAUGACCUGGGGUAAUUUCUAGCUGAGAGAUUCCAUGAUUUAGAAUGGUUGGGAUCUCUGGCCCACCCUCAUCCCUCAAGGGAACUCUAUUCCUUUAGGGGUGGUUCAGACCCUAGGCGGGUUCUCAGGAUGGCUUUGUGUGUAUUUGUAUGUGGGGAUGAAGUGAAAGAAAUCUUGAGCCUGUGCUCUGUUUCAGUGGAGAUACACUGGUCCAUUGAGGAGGGUAGAGGGCAGCCCCUUCUCUCUCUCGUGGACACCCAGGAAGAAAACUUUGCCAAGGAGCUCUGCUUGUGGCCUGCACCUGUUCACCUUUGCUGGGCUGGGGGAGGCAAAAGCUGUUUUGAGGUGAGGGGUUGGGGAAUGGGGACUUUGGCACCUGCCAAUCAUAAUGCUUUGGCAUUAUGGGCAAAAUGGGUUCUCAUUUGCCUGGUACUGGUCCAUCUGCCCUUCCCGUUUUCUGUCCCAAACACAGGUCCCAUCCUGAAGCCUUCCUCACCUCUUCUGUAUUACACUCUCAGUGGCCCAGAGUCUUUGUAGAUCUGUCCUCAGCUCCAGUUCCUUAGCACGCCUGCCCACUUUCCCCAUCUGCCUAAGGGAUCCCCAUCACCAGGGAUGGGCUGGCAGUCUAGGUGGGGUAAGGGGCAAGAGUCUCUCAGAAUAAGAUGGUGCAUGAAUAGAUGAACCAGGGACCUUUCCCCCUAGAGCCUUCCUUGUUGCCAUUUGCCCAAACCUGGUGAAUCUUGGCUCAAGAGCAUGGGUGUUUUUUCCUUCCCAUCUGUCAGUCUCUGUCUGUGAUUCAGUCCCCACUUUGAACUGGGCAGCCCAUUGAAGAGCUGGUGACCAGCGGAUGGGAGACACACAGUGUCCUCUUUCUGGAAAACGAGAAGUGCCCUUAAGUGUCUCCCCCUCCCCAAUGGGAAGGUCUCUACCUUUCUGCCCUCCUCCAAUAAAUUUUG